AUGCUUCCAAAUGUCUUAUCGACAGCUCCAAAACCCUUACUAUUUUUCAUAGCAGUCAUACUAUCCCUGUACAAAAUUGAGUGCAAAUCGUCAUCAUUGAAUGUCACAGAUCCUGGAACUUGGAAGAGGUUAGCAGAUGAGAGAUUUAAUAAAUUUGAACAAUCAUCAUCUCACUUAUUACUCAAACGAUCAAAAAAUGUCAUCUUAUUUAUUGGUGAUGGUAUGAGCCUGAGCACUGUUACUGGAGCAAGAUAUUUGAAAGCGGAGAAGAUGGAUCUUUUAGGUGGUGAUGUACAACUAGUAUGGGAGAACUGGCCUGUUGCAUCACUUGUCCGUACAUUCAACUCAGAUAGACUGACAACAGAUUCAGGUUCUGCGGCGACUGCCUUUAUGUCAGGUGUGAAAAGCCCUCAUAAAACCGUUGGUAUCACGGGAACAGUGAAGUGCUGUAAAUGUACUGAAUUGAAAGAAUUAGAAAGGGCGAAAUCUUCUAUCAUGUAUGCCUCCAAAGCAGGAUUUUCCACUGGAAUAGUUACAACUGCGAGAGUUACUCAUGCAACACCCGCAGCAGCGUAUGCAAAUAUGUUACAUCGAGAUUGGGAGUCGAAAGCGUAAGUUUGGAAUAUCUUAG